AUGUUGAAAGGUACAUGUACUGGUCAGUUUGGUUACAUUGUGUGUGUUUUGGACUGUAUGAAUAUUGACGUUGGCCGUGGCAGAAUUAUACCUGGAAGUGGAAUGGCUGAGUUUGAAGUCAAGUAUAGAGCGGUGGUAUGGAAGCCUUUCAAGGGAGAGGUUGUCGAUGCUGUUGUUACCACUGUGAAUAAGAUGGGCUUUUUCGCAGACGUUGGACCUUUGUCGGUUUUUGUCAGUACUCACUUGAUAUCGUCCGACAUGAAAUUUAACCCAUCAGCCAAUCCUCCAGCAUACGUUAGUCCCGAUGAGACGAUCGAGAAAGGAUCUCGUGUAAGAUUGAAGAUUGUGGGUACUAGAACAGACGUGAAUGAGAUUUAUGCUAUUGGAAGUAUAAAAGAAGAUUACUUGGGCCCAAGUCCAAUGUGA